CCUUCGCUCUUGUAGGUAGAUGGCUCAUACCAUACGUACACCACAAAUCAACAGAUCAAUCGUGCAAGCGGACAGUCAACCAGAGCAUUGAUCCAUCUCACUCAUACCAUCGCUCAACGAUUCACAAAUUCACCGUUUGACCACAACAUGGACUCAAAAACAACGGAAAUAGUCAACUGCUUCCCAUCUCUCCAAUGCUUAAGCGGCAACAUCCCGGACGAAUGCAAGACCGGCAACAUUGUCUGCCCAACACUCCCACGAACACCUUCGGACUCCAGCAUAACCUUCCCAAGAACACCAGGCACCAACUCGGUUGCAGUUUCAACAAGCAGCGACUCAGAAGCCUCAGCAGACGAUAAACCCCCAAUCACAGUCCCCACAUCAACCACAACCACCAACCCGCAAAGACCAACCCGACCACACCGCAGAAUCCCUCAUACAAUCAUCGAACGCCGCUACCGAGACAACCUCAACACCCAAAUUGAAUCCCUCCGACUCUCCCUCCCCAGUCUUAAGAACGCAUACGUAUUUUCUCCCGACGUCGAAGACUCUGCUCUACCGCCAAGAUUACCUUCGAAAGCUAUGAUCAUUGCUACUGCGGCGACGUAUAUUAAGGAACUUGAGGCCGAGAGGAAUGGUGCGAUUGAUGCUGUGAAUGCGCUGCAGCAGCAGGUCAAUGAUCUGCAGAAACUGAUCAGUUGUAAUGAUUGUUCUAUCUUGCAGUACUUGCAGGCUGUAGGCGGGAAUGCUGCUGCUGAGCAGCAAGGGAUCGCUGUGUGAGGGUUGCUGCCAGUCAUGUGGAUUUAAUGAUGUUAUGAUUAUGCAUAUGGGAUGGCGUUCUGGGAGGCAUUGGGCGGCUUUGGGAGGAAUAGAACUGGUCGAGAUCCAGAGCUUGAUGGAGAUCGCAGUCUCAUGUCGGUGCUGUGCCAGUCAGCUACCGGAAUGGAUGAAUGGAAGCAGCACUCAUCCGAUGCACAUCUCUCCACC